AGGCCGGCCCGCUAGAGGGAGCCAGGCGGGAGCCGGCGCGGGGCGGGGGCCGGGCCGGGCGGGGCCGUGACGCGCGGCGGCGGGCGGUGAGUAUAGGCUGCGCGGCCCGGCCGGUGUCAGUGUGAUGAAGAUUGGCGUGCAGCAGGUACCGUCUGGGGUCGGAUCCUGAGGCUCCUCUGUCCUUCACGCUGAUCCACUGAAAGAGUCCCCGAACUCUCAUUGAUGAGGGCCUAUAACCGAUCCCUGCAGAGCCUCACAAGAAACGCCCCCAUUCAGAGAUGAUUCUUCAUUGACCAUUACUUUCUGAGGUGCUUUGGCUGCGACUGAAAGAAGGAGGUUUUGUUUUACUGGCAGAGGAAGAGCAAAGGGGAGAGGUUCAAAGGACUGGCAGCUCCCAGAGCACACUCCAAACAGUUCUAGAUGUGACUCAAUCCCAUGAUGCAACAUGUCUCCCCAGCACCAGCUCUGACAAUGAUGGCCACACAGAGUGUGCCCCCUCCCCCUUACCAAGACAGCCAGCAGAUGACUGCCACAGCGCAACAGCCGGCUAAGGCACAGCCAGUGCACAUCACAACACCCUCGGCAGCAGCCAACCCCCCAGUCCCCAGCACUCCUAUUGACCCUCAGGCGCAGCUGGAGGCUGACAAGCGAGCUGUCUACAGGCAUCCUCUUUUCCCACUCCUGACGCUGCUGUUUGAGAAGUGUGAGCAGGCAACACAGGGCUCCGAGUGCAUCACCUCUGCCAGCUUUGACGUGGACAUUGAGAACUUUGUACACCAGCAGGAGCAGGAACACAAACCAUUCUUCAGUGAUGACCCCGAACUGGACAACCUGAUGGUGAAAGCAAUUCAGGUCCUGAGAAUUCAUCUGCUGGAGCUGGAGAAAGUGAAUGAAUUGUGCAAGGACUUUUGUAACCGUUAUAUCACCUGCCUCAAAACAAAGAUGCACAGCGAUAACCUACUCAGGAAUGAUCUUGGGGGGCCCUACUCCCCAAACCAGCCCUCCAUAAACCUACACCCACAGGAUUUGCUGCAGAAUUCUCCGAACUCGAUGACUGCAGUGGCCAACAACCCCCAGGGAAUUGUGGUCCCAGCAUCAGCGCUGCAGCCGGGGAACAUCUCCAUGACAACGGUCAAUUCACAAGUUGUGUCAGGUGGAGCCCUUUACCAGCCUGUAACUAUGGUAACAUCUCAGGGCCAGGUGGUAACCCAAGCAAUCCCACAAGGAGCCAUACAGAUCCAGAACACACAGGUUAACCUGGAUCUGACCUCCCUCCUUGACAGUGAAGAUAAAAAGUCAAAGAACAAACGGGGGGUCCUACCGAAGCACGCUACCAAUAUAAUGCGUUCCUGGCUCUUCCAGCAUCUUAUGCACCCUUACCCAACAGAGGAUGAGAAAAGGCAGAUAGCAGCACAGACAAACCUGACACUUUUGCAAGUCAAUAACUGGUUUAUCAAUGCCCGACGGCGCAUUCUGCAGCCCAUGCUUGACGCGAGCAAUCCAGAUCCAGCCCCCAAAGCCAAGAAGAUCAAAUCCCAGCACCGUCCUACUCAAAGAUUCUGGCCCAACUCUAUUGCAGCUGGAGUGCUGCAGCAACAAGGAGUCAAUCCUACUACCAAUCCUGACGGUGUCGUUUUUAUUUUAGGCUCCUUAAUUAUGGACAAUCUGCAGUCCCUGUCUUCCGAUAAUGCUACCAUUGCUAUGCAGCAAGCCAUGAUGGCAGCUCAUGACGAUUCACUUGAUGGAACAGAAGAUGAGGAGGAGGAUGAAAUGGAGGAAGAAGAAGAAGAAGAACUGGAGGAAGAUAACGAUGAGCUCCAGACAACGAAUGUCAAUGACCUUGGCUUGGAGCACAGUGACUCACUGGAGUAGCAAAGAAUUGAAGGUUCCCUGAUUUACGGUAGAGCAGAUGCCUCCUGGAAAGAUGUUUGCCUACCUAAAUCAGCAGCCCGAGGAAUUUUAGAGGAACCCUGAUCUUUGACAUACAAGCCCCCCACAUCGCUUUAAAAAUUAUGUAUGACAAAAUCAAGUAAUGAUACCCUUACAAAGUGUCCUGCUUGCCUGCAAUACACUGCAGCGGUGGACCGGAGUGCACAUUUAAGAGACCAGUAGAAUGUGCAGGGUAAUUAUUUAAGUGAAGGACACAUGUUUACAAGGCACAUAUUGUGGCCAGUUUUUUGUUUUUUUUUGUGUUGUUGUUGUUGUUUUUGAUAAGAACAAAAGUGUUUUUAGGGCAAGCUGUUUUCUGUAUGACUGAUUCUUUGAUGGAUGUUAUCAUGCAAUGCCUUUUUUUUGACAUGCAGGUGAGAGGCCGGUCUGUUUUCAUUUUCACUGCUUUUAUGAAAGAUUUAUAGAUACAAAAGGAUUGAUGCUUUUUUUAAGUGAAAGAUUGUAAUGAUUAUAAAUAUCUAAAUGUAGGGAAAUCAGAGUUUGCCAAUCGUCAGAAUUUAAAACUGAACAUUGAAAGACUUUAGUGCUGGAUCCAUUUAGAUUCCUGAUUAGUGCUGAUUAAAUGAAUGUCAACUCUUCCAGACUACCAUCUCUUCCUAUACAGAGUGACAAACCCCAGGAAGUACAGAGGGGACACACACA